UCCACCAACAACUCUUCUCCUGCCCAGGGAAGCCACAUGGAGGUGCCCAAGAUCCCUCCUCGCCCCAAGCGUGGCAUGGAGCGCUCCGUCUCUCCAAGCGGGGACAGAUAUGCCCCGUCCCCACUCAACGAUCCCACCUACGUGCCCGGCGGCCCACCCAAAGAGAGCAAGCGCCUCAGCACUGAGCUGCCAUCCCGCCCCCCGAGUGUCUCUAUACCCUCGCUCGGAGAGGAGGGCGCCGAAUACGCUAGUUUCGAAGACCUAUCCAAGACUCUGCAGAACGACAGCCAGGCUGGCUCUCCGCAGCAUAUGAAGAAUGUGGCAGGAGACUUGCCCUUGUAUGCUCCGACUGCCGAGGUCCCCAGUUCCACUGCGAAGAGCAGGAUCCAGGCCGUUACGCGGACUGACUCACAGACAGCCACCGCCGCUGGUUUUGGCUCCCAGCUCUCGGUUGAUGACAAGGUUUCUCAAUCGAAAUCGGGUAACUCGGGCUCUUCCAUUAGCUCACGCCCCAGCUCCAUCUACAACGAGCAAGAUGAGCAUGGCAUUCCAGAGAUUGGCGUACAGGUGCCCAUGUUCCGCAACGCGGGAGAUGUCCAGGCUCCAAGCCCGGCGCCGUUUGCCCAACAAGCCGCAUCUCAGGGCAUUGGCUUCCACCAGAAACCCAGUGGUCGUCACCAUGGACGUACCAAGAGCGGCCGCGAGAUCUUCAACGGACCUCCCGGCAGCUAUGGUCUGCACGGACACGGUAAAAUCUCGACAGAUGAGUUCGAGCAAAAGUGGUACGAAAAGCAUCCAGACGACUUGAAGCGCGAAAAGGCUGGCGAGUAUGGCCCACACAUCCAAGAAAACAGAAAGGAAUACCAUUGGCGCGCCGACAACCUGGAACGACUGGUCCAUACCACCUCGCAAGACAUUGGCAUGGGGACUAGUCGAGAUGCAAUCGGCACGCCCGAUGAGCAGAUUGGUUACAGAGCGACUGAGGAGUAUGCCUCACGCAUGGCUUCUCCUAGACCGAGCUCUUCGGCCAACCCCGCUUCGAACAAAACUGGCUAUGUCGACUCGCCACUCCGCAACGAAGCCGGCCAAGAAAUCAACGACAAGGGCGAGGUCAUCCAUAUUGACCCUCCUUCGCAUCGCUCUAGCAAGGUUGGUGGGGGUUACGAUCCUCCCACGGAGAACCUUGGACCACGAGGUGGCAACACUGCCGACGAAGCUGGAUGGGUUACCGAGCGCGGAUAUGGCACGCCCAUUCUUGCCUCUGACGAGCUGAAGAAGCACCCGGAUUCCGAAUGGAGACAACCUGCCGUGUCGCCUGAAGUCGAGCGCCACGCUGACGAAUACUUUUCCCGUGAGGAUAGCGUCACAAAACCACGCUCGUCCAGUAGAAGCUCAAGCAGGAACAACCAGAAGCAGCAACGUGUGAUCCCUAGCCCAUCUCAGUACGACCACAGCAGUACUCCGCUCGAGUCUCACAAGGAAUACGAGCCGCUCUUCCCAGAAGACGACGAUGCCAAGAAGCCGAAUCCAAAGGUCGAGGACCUCAAGCGUCCCAGUGUUGCCCGCCAUCACUUCCCAAGUCAAGAUGUUUGGGAAGAUACGCCUGGCAGUCUGCAACUUGAGACUACCGUCGAUACUCCGCAGGAACCUGAAGAGCCCAAGACGGCAGGUGGCAAAGACGUUAGCCCCGCCAAAAUAUUUGAGAAGCCAGAGACAGAAGAGCAACGCAAGCAGAAGCUCAACGAAGAAGACCAAAAGUCGUUCCUGUCGGACCACAAUAAGCAAUUUGGCGUUGAGAACAAGCUCCUUGGAAAAGUACGCGAUGAGACAGCGGGCCGUCCCGGCAUGCAGCAACGCUUCCCGAGCCAGGAUAUCUGGGAAGACGCCCCGUCGCAUGGCCACCUUGAGACGACAGUUAGCACCCCGCAGAUGGAGGAGACCAACGAGUAUGCCGAGGACUCUCCAAUCGAACCGAAACCUACCAUGCCUGCGCGACCCAACAUGUCCGCUCGCCCUGCCAAGAAAGAGCUGUCUGACGAAGAAAAGCAAACACCCAUCAUUCCCCCGAGGCCUGCACGCCAAACCAGAGCAUCCGCGGGCUCUCCUGAAAAGACGCCGCCCACCGAGGCACGAGCCAAUGAGAGUGAUGCCUCACAGCACAAAGGGAAGCCACUGAUGGCUGGCCGUCCAGCAGGUUCUAAGAUUAGCGCUCUCCAAGCUAGCUUCCUCAAAGAUCUUAACAACAAGAUUGGUCUCGGCCCGCCUGCUCCUCCCAAGGUCAAGGAACCUGAGCCAGAAGAAGAAACGGAGCCAGCACCACUGCCAGAUGCCCGCAAGAGUCGCGCAAAAGGACCACAGAGGAGGAAGCCUUCUUCUUCUCCUACUCCAGGUUCUGCUGCUGCUGCUGCUGCGCCACCACAGAAAUUGAGCAUUGCUUCUGUGACUGCAAUUUGGAGCUUUGUUGAAGACGGUACCUUGGACGUUCCUGCAGCCAAGAUGGCCGCACAGAUGCAAAACACACUCACUGUCCCCGCAAAGGCUGAAGAGCUUGUGGCCACUGAGGUCGUAGCAGCCAAGAGUGUCUCGUCAGGGUCAGAAGAGCAGCAGCCUACCCCGGCUUCCUCGGAAGAUGCUAAACCCGUCGCCGAUGCGAAGACUGAGAAGGCUGAGAAGGCCGAGAAGACUGAGAAGACUGCGAAGGCCGAGAAGACUGAGAAGACUGAGAAGACUUCACUUCCAGAGCAAAUAGCCUCUCAGGCGGCAAACACCCUGGAGCCAGUCACGUCCAAGGUGACAUCUGCCUUGAAGUCCGAGGAGCCUCUAGUCACUGAAACAGCGCCCGGUUCCUUCGAUGCACCAGGUGCCUUUCCCGGCUCUGGCCCAGAUCUGGAGAACAAGGGCGACGUCAAGACCACUACCUCUGACAAGAAGCCCGCAGACAACGUAGCCACCACCACUGCGUCUGUCGAAGAAAAGCGUGAUGGGUCCUCUGCUGCGUAGAAAUGGCAGGGCCAACAAUCUACGUAGUAGUUGUUUCUUUGGGUUUUUUGGGUUUUUUCUGUAGUUUUUUUUUGGCUGGCUACACCCGUCUCUCUCUAUCUCUCUCACUCACUCUCACUCAUCUGAGGACGCAAUAGAAAGCUUGUCAAAGAGACGUUCCUUGUUGAAACUUUGUUGCUACUGCUUGUUGCACAUGUUGGUGAAGGGGGAGAAGAAAAAAAAAUGGAUACAUCAAUUCAAU